GAAAAGAAACAUUAUAUGCUUGUAGAUGGUGGUGAACAUUAUUUGCUUUAACUAAAUUGUGAGAGACCCUACCAGCAGACAUGGCUGAUCAAACAGCCAGGCAGCUCCAAUAUGAGUAUAAAGCAAACUCAAAUUUGGUGCUGCAAGCAGAUGUGCGACUUAUUGAGCGCAGAAGCAAAGAUGAGGCCACUGGAGAAGUUAUGUCCCUCUCUGGGAAGCUUAUUGGCUCUCGGAUGGGUGACAGAUAUCAGCGUAUUAAACCAGAGCAGCCAGAAAAAGAGAUUAAGAAGCCCAGCAAGAAGCAGAAGACAGAGGAGUUUUCUGGCCUCACACUCAAGACCUCUACUAUUUUGGACUUGGAUGAGAUGGGGGAUGUUCUGUAUCGGCCCAAAUCUGAGACCACAAAACAGACAUACGAGGUGAUCCUGUCCUUCCUGCAAGAAGCUCUUGGAGACCAGCCCAGAGAUGUGCUAUGUGGUGCUGCUGAUGAGGUAUUGUCAGUUUUGAAAAAUGAACGCCUUAAAGACCGCGAGCGCAAGAAAGACACGGAAGAACUGCUGGGGCCGCUCACUGAUGAACGCUUUGCUGUUCUCGUGAACCUGGGCAAGAAGAUCACAGACUUUGGCCUGGAUGGGGGAGGCAAAGCCUUGGGCACCAUUUCAAGUGGAGGUGGUGAGGAGGACAUGCUUGAUGAAACCCAUGGUGUCAACGUCCAAUUUCAGGACUCUGAUGAAGAGGAGGAUGAAGAAGGAUUUGAUGAUGAGGUAGAUGAGAAUGAUGACGACGACGAAGAAGGUGCUGAAGGUCUUUCUGGAAUACAUUCUGAAGUGCUGAAUGGUACUAGCAGCACCACCGCUGAAGUUGGGGCAGAGAAACUGCUCAGUCCGCAUGACAUUGGAGCGCAUUGGUUGCAGAGAGAACUUAACAAGUUCUACAAUGACCCCAUCCAGGCUCAGUCCAAGUCUCAAGACGUGUUGGAUAUCUUGAAGUCAGCCAAGGAUGACAGAGAGUGUGAGAACAAACUAGUGCUCAAUCUUGGCUACGACCGCUUCCAGUUCAUCAAGAUACUCUGCAAAAACCGACACAUGAUCCUCCAUUGCACUCUCCUUGCUCAGGCCAAGUCUCAACAAGAGCGAGAUGAGGUACGCAACGUGAUGCUGGCUGAGCCUUCGUUGCGGCGCAUCCUGGCGCAACUCGAUAACGAAGAAGACGCUGCUGAGGCUGCUAAAGAAGCUAAAAUGAAUGGAGACACCAAGACUCGCUCCAGACGUGCCAAUGUUGAGCCUAUGGACACAGACGCUUCUGAUAGGUCAGGACAAGUGGGAGGCGAGCGCGAAGUGCUUGACCUGGAGUCUCUGGUGUUCACCGCGGGCUCGCACUUCAACAGCAACAAGAAAUGUCAUCUGCCUGAAGGGUCCACAAGACAAACCAAAGCCGGCUAUGACGAAAUCCACGUACCAGCCCUGAAGCCAAAACCAUUUGGGGCCGACGAGAAGUUAGUACCCAUCACAUCUCUGCCUAAUUAUGCCCAGCCAGCCUUUGACGGUUACAAGAACCUUAAUCGCAUUCAGAGCAAGCUGUACGAGUCAGCACUAAACGGCGAUGACAAUCUGCUGCUGUGCGCGCCCACUGGUGCUGGCAAGACCAACGUAGCUCUCCUCACUAUCCUCAGGGAGAUCGGUAAAGCGACUAACGCGGAUGGCACCAUCAAUGGCGACACAUUCAAGAUUAUCUACGUUGCUCCUAUGCGAUCUCUCGUCACUGAGAUGACUCAGAACUUUUCGAAGCGUCUUGAACCCUACAAACUGAAGGUCGGGGAACUAACUGGAGACCAUCAGCUCACCAAGGAGCAGAUCAUGGAAACCCAGAUCAUUGUGUGCACACCGGAGAAGUGGGAUGUGAUCACCCGGCGUGGCGGAGAGCGCGCCUUCACUCAGCUCGUGCGUCUCAUUAUCCUCGACGAAGUUCAUCUGCUGCACGAUGAGCGCGGCCCUGUGCUCGAGGCGCUUGUUGCGCGUUCAUUGAGGGCAACCAAUACCAUCGGUCAUGCCCCUGCUCGGCUGGUCGGUCUGUCCGCCACGUUGCCCAAUUAUCAGGAUGUCGCUGCCUUCCUCAGAGUUGAUCUCAAAACAGGCCUCUUCUUCUUUGAUAACAGUUUCCGGCCAGUGCCGCUAUCGCAGACCUACAUUGGCAUCAAUGAGAAAAAAGCGAUAAAGCGCUACCAAGUUAUGAAUGAGAUUCUUUACAACAAGGUGCUCGAGCAUGCCGGCAAAAAUCAAAUUCUCAUUUUCGUCCACUCCAGAAAGGAGACCGCUAAGACGGCACGCAGUCUGCUAGACAUGUGCCUGGAAAAAGACACGCUGGGACAUUUCCUUCGUGAAGGCUCAGCAUCCACUGAGGUGCUCAGAACUGAAGCUGAACAAGUAAAGAACACGGAGCUCAACAGCCUACUGCCCUAUGGCUUUGCCAUUCAUCAUGCCGGCAUCAACAGGAUCGACAGGAAUCUUGUUGAAGAUCUGUUUGCUGAUAGACAUAUCCAGGUGUUGGUGUCUACUGCCACGCUUGCCUGGGGCGUAAACCUCCCUGCCCACACCGUCAUCAUCAAGGGCACUCAAGUCUAUGAUGCCGGCAAAGGGCGUUGGGUGGAGCUUGGAGCCCUUGACAUCAUGCAGAUGCUGGGACGUGCUGGCAGACCUCAGUACGACACGAAAGGAGAAGGUAUCCUGAUCACAAACCAUUCCGAGCUGCAGUACUACCUAUCUCUGAUGAACCAGCAGCUACCCAUAGAGUCGCAGCUCGUGGGACGCUUACCAGAUCUUUUGAAUGCCGAAAUUGUUCUGGGUGCGGUGCAGAACAUGAGCGAAGCCGUAGACUGGCUUGGUUAUACGUAUCUUUAUGUUCGGAUGCUCAGGUCCCCUAACCUGUAUGGCGUGUCACAGGAAGAUCUAAAGAAAGACGAUCCGCAGCUGCUAAAGCAUCGUGCGAACCUCAUCCACACAGCUGCUGUCAAGCUUGAAAAAUCCAACCUUAUUAUGUAUGACAAGAAGUCUGGCCAGUUCCAGACAACAGAACUUGGCAGAAUCGCCAGUUAUUUCUACAUCACAUUUGACACAAUCAAUGUCUUCAACUCACAGCUCAAAAGCACACUGAGUGAGAUAGAACUCUUCAGAGUGUUCUCUCAAAGCUCGGAGUUCAAGAACAUUAUGGUUAGAGAGGAAGAAAAAUUGGAACUAAAGAAGCUCAUGGAACGAGUACCCAUCCCUAUAAAGGAGAGUGUUGAAGAGCCCAGUGCCAAAGUGAAUAUUUUGUUGCAAGCAUACAUUUCGCAACUCAAACUUGAAGGUUUCGCCUUGAUGUCUGACAUGGUGUACGUGACGCAAAGCGCCGGUCGUCUGAUGAGAGCCAUCUAUGAGAUAGUCUUGCACCGUGGCUGGGCUCAAUUGGCCGACAAAGCACUCAAUCUCUGCAAGAUGGUUGACAAGAGAAUGUGGCAGUCAAUGUCCCCUCUGCGGCAGUUCAGGAAGAUACCAGAAGAGGCCAUCAGGAAGUUGGAGAAGAAAAGCAUCCCGUGGGAGCGACUCUAUGACUUGGGUCCCAACGAGAUCGGUGAGCUAAUCCGAAUGCCUAAAGGUGGCAAAUUGAUCCACAAGUAUAUCCAUCAGCUGCCCAAACUAGAUUUGGAGACACAUAUUCAGCCCAUAACAAGGCAAAUGCUCAAAGUUGAGUUGACGAUCACGCCUGAUUUCAAAUGGGAUCCCAAAGUUCAUGGUCAGUCAGAACCAUUCUGGAUCAUUGUGGAGGAUGUCGAUGCCGAGACCAUCCUUUAUAAUGAAUACUUUUUGCUAAAGCAAAAGUUUGCUGAGGAUGAACAUGUGGUGCGUUUCUAUGUGCCUGUGUUUGAGCCUCUCCACCCGCACUACUUCAUCAGAGUCGUUUCUGAGAAAUGGUUGAGCGCCGAAACACAGCUGCCAGUUUCAUUUAGGCACCUUAUCCUUCCUGAAAAAUAUCCGCCUCCCACUGAGCUACUAGACUUGCAGCCGCUACCCAUCACUGCUCUGAGAAACCCUCAUUUUGAAGCGCUCUACAAGAAUCUGAACAAGAACCAACAGUUCAACCCCAUCCAGACUCAAGUCUUUAAUGCCACCUAUAACUCUGAUGACAGUGUCUUCAUUGGUGCACCUACUGGCUCUGGUAAAACUCUGUGCGCUGAAUUUGCUAUCAUGCGCAUGUUCAGCCAGGACGAGAACGCUCGCUGCGUGUACGUUGCAGCAAAAGAUGAGGUCGUUUCUAGCAUGUAUGAGGAGUGGAGCGACAAGUUCGGAAGCAGCAGCGGCCUUGAUAAACGCGUUGUGAAGCUCACUGGCGAGACUGGCACAGAUCUCAAACUGCUGAACAAGGCCCACAUCGUGGUAAGUUCUGCCGAGAAGUGGGAUGUACUUUCUAGGCGCUGGAAGCAACGUAAAAAUGUGGAAAACAUCCAGUUGUUCAUUGUCGAUGAGCUUCAUCUCAUGGGUAACCCUGGGAAUGAAGGUCCCACCAUCGAAGUGGUGUGCUCUCGAGUACGUUACAUGGCGAGUAAGAAGAACAGACACAUCCGCAUUCUGGCGCUAUCGUCAUCCUUGGCCAAUUCUCGAGAUGUGGCACAAUGGCUCGGCUGUUCGACCAACUGCACAUUCAACUUUCAUCCCAAUGUCAGGCCUCUGCCUCUGCAAUUGUACAUCCAAAGUUUCAACAACUCGCACAAUGCUUCUCGACUUCACGCCAUGUCCAAGCCGGCUUACCUGGCUAUCUUGAAGCACAGCCCUGCCAAGCCUGCGAUGGUUUUCGUGCCGUCACGUAAGCAGACAAUCAUCACUGCUUCUGAUCUCCUGACGUACGCGACGGCAGACAAUGAUUCACUUCGGUUCCUGCAGGUAGAAGCAUCCGAGCUGGCAGAGUUUGUGCAGCAAUUGGAAGAUCCAGUUCUGCGUGAGGUGGUGGCUCAGGGCGUAGCUUUCUUGCACGAAGGCCUGAGUGACCGCGACAGGAGGCUCGUACACACGCUUUUCCAGGCAGAAGCCAUCCAGGUGGUGGUGGUGAGCCGGGCGCUCUGUUGGGCUGUAACUGCUCCCGCGCAUCUCGUUGUCAUCAUGGACACGCAGAGCUACGAUGGUCGCCAGCAUGCCUACAUCGAUUAUCCCAUCACUGACAUCAUCCAGAUGGUAGGGCGAGCUAACCGACCCAACCAGGAUCAGCAAGCCAAGUGUGUCCUCAUGUGCCACACAACCAAGAAGGAAUACUUCAAGAAGUUCCUUUACGAACCUCUCCCUAUAGAGAGUCACUUGGAUCACUGCCUUCAUGACCACUUCAACGCUGAGAUUGUUACGCGUACCAUUGAAAACAAGCAGGAGGCUGUGGAUUAUCUCACUUGGACUUUCUUGUACAGGAGGAUGACCCAGAACCCAAAUUACUACGGCCUGCAAGGCGUGUCUCACCGCCACUUGUCUGACCAUCUCUCAGACUUGGUCGAGUCAACUCUGAACGACUUGGAGGAGUCCCGUUGCAUAUCCAUCGAGGAUGACAUGGACACUGCACCGCUCAACUUGGGCAUCAUCGCCUCGUAUUAUUACAUCAAGAACACUACUAUCGACCUGUUCAACAAGUCUCUCAACAACAAGACGAAAAUUCGAGGCCUGCUUGAAAUUUUGGGAAGUGCGGCCGAGUACGAAGAGGUACCAAUGCGUCACGGUGAAGAGGAUCUUCUCAGAAGAAUGCUCACAAAGCUGCCUCACAAAAUUGAGGGCAAAGUGACAGACCCUCACUUCAAGACUAACCUUUUGUUGCAAGCGCACUUGUCCCGACUGACUCUUACAGCAGAGCUCCAACAGGACGUGGAAAUGGUACUUAGUAAAGCUAUUCGACUCAUCCAAGCGUGUGUCGACGUACUAAGCUCAAACGGUUGGCUUGCCCCUGCUCUAUCCGCCAUGACACUGGCUCAAAUGGUGACCCAAGCCAUGUGGUCGAAAGACUCCUACUUGAAGCAACUCCCUCAUUUCAACAAAGAAAUCAUCGAGCGCUGCGAAGCGAAGGACGUUUCGUCUGUGUUUGAUAUCCUGGAACUUGAAGAUGAUGACAGGAACAGAUUGCUUCAGUUGACAGACACUCAAAUGGCGGACGUGGCUCGUUUCUGUAACAGAUACCCGAGCAUCAACCUGGACUACCAAGUGCUUGACUCGGAUAACCUGGAAAGCGGCGGGUCAGUGAAUGUGGAAGUGGUGUUGGAACGAGAAGACGAGCCAGGCUCCGUGAUUGCACCACUCUUCCCUCACAAGCGCGAGGAAGGUUGGUGGGUCAUCAUUGGAGACCCUAAAGCCAACUCACUUAUUUCCAUCAAGCGCCUCACGCUCAUGCAGAAGGCCAAGGUAAAACUGGACUUCGUUGCCCCAGCUGAAGGUAACUACGAGUACCGCCUCUACUUCAUGAGUGAUGCCUACAUGGGAUGCGAUCAGGAAUACAAGGUGCCUCUCAGAAUCAGGGAGGCCGAGUCGGAAUCAGACUCAGAGAGUGACUAAGCUCCAACAUUAAUUUCAAUGUACUAGUUACAUAAUUUCAAGAUUUCCGGGUGAAGUUCAACCAUUUGAAACGUAUCAAAGUAAAUAAAUUCUGAACACACUACGUACUUUUACUUCUAAACAUUUUGUUUUUUCUAGGUCAUUGCCACAUUUUCCGACUUCAGUAUUUCUGAACUUAGCAGGCAUUCCUGUACCUUUAACACGCAAUUCUGUGUCCCUGUUAUUCGUGUAUUGUGUGAAACAUUGAUUUUUUAACUUAAACGUACGUCUUAUUGCUUUUCAGUUUUUUCUCAUUCAUGUUUCGAUUUUAAUUAAAAAAAAUUACGGUUGAAUCUCGUUUUCCAUUUAAUAUCUUGUCUGAUCAGUAGUUGCAAAAUAAUUGUGUAGCAAAAAUUAAUCUUUUCGUUUUAUAAAUCGGUACCUCUCUAAAAUCAUCUGUAGGAAUGAAGAAUACUUUCAGCUUUGCUCCCAUAGUGUACUCUGCUCGCAUUCUUUGCAGUAAAUAUCGAUAACACUA